AUGACUGGGGGAUUUGGAGGUUUAUAUAGAGCUGGUGGUGCACUAGCGAGCGCGCUAACCGCAAGCGAGAGUGUGCGGUGUUUGCUUGGUUUGUCGUGGUUGAAGCUUAGCGGGCCAAUCAGAGAGAAUGAAAACUUUUCCCGCAUCCACUGGCUGGUUCCAAAGUUCUGGCUGGACUCUUUCACGCUCACCGGCAUCCAGAUGAGGCGGUUGAACAUUGUUGAAGUCUAG